UUCCUUCCUUCGCUCGUUUGCUUUGAUUGUACUGUACUUACUGUAGGUACUUUCGUAAAAGAGCUCGGGAUCUCUUUAGCACGACUUCACUUAUAGUUCGGUUCGUAUUUUGUCAAGUUGCUAUUUUCACCAGACGUCACCAAUCUCCUAUUUUACAAGACACACUUCACCGCCCUUCUUGGAUAGCCUGUUUGGGCAAAAUAUACCUCCUGGGUGUUCAUCCAUCCCCAGCCAGUCAUCAUUCGUCAUCAAGGCUAGUUGAGCCUCAUUCGGAGAGCUCUUGUAUCUGCGAAGCAACCAUGUCACUGCAAAAAGAUCUCAGCACUGAUCCACCUUGUCAUCCUAGAGCGUGCGCCAUACAAGAUUGCCUCACCAAGAAUGGCUACAAAGAGGAAAAGUGUCAGGGCGUAAUCGAUGCUCUGUACGAUUGUUGCAAAGCGUUUUACGAGAAGAAAGGUGACGAUGCCUCGACAGUAAGCUGUCCCAAGCCAGACCUGCUACGUCUGAAAAUACAGCAGAGACAGGAUGCCGCAGGGAAGAAGAGCUGAGGCGAGAGGACAAUAUUGGAUGCUGUCAAGCUAUGUCAUAAAAUCUGUAUCACUCAUCCAAAAGAACUGCGUACACCUGAACAAGCAAAUAAUUAAAAAAAUGCAUCAGGUGACAUU